CGGGUUCUUGUCGGGUCUUUUCAACUAGGAGUUUUGAGUUAGAGGGCAAAAAUAUAGCUGCUCUCUCGCACCCACAUUGCGAAAAAGCAGCUUUAGAACUAAAAAUGUCUGCAAAAGGGACCAAACAACUUAAAGAAAGACACCAGACCAUUUUAAACGACCUUCUUCGCGAAGAAGUGAAUCGCUACUGUGCUGACUGCCGAGCAAAGGGACCAAGAUGGGCUUCUUGGAACCUUGGUGUCUUUUUAUGCAUCCGUUGUGCUGGUAUACAUCGUAAUCUAGGUGUUCACAUUUCAAGAGUGAAAUCAGUCAAUUUGGAUUCUUGGACCCCAGAACAAAUUGAGAGUAUUCAAAAAUGGGGAAAUGGCAGGUGUGCAGAGUAUUAUGAGUGUUAUUUGCCAGAGGAUUUCAAUCGUCCACACGGUGAUUCAGCAAUGGAGACCUUAAUUAGGAAUAAGUAUGAAAGGAAACUUUACAUCAAGAAAGAUGGGGAGCCACCAUUGAGGAAGAGUGUGCAAGCAGCAGUUAAGCCAUCAAUGGAAGAGAAGAAAGAAAAGCCAAAGGAAACAAGACAAAAACCUACACAGACUAAACGUGCUGAAACCAAGGUUGAACGAAAAGCAGCUCAGCCAGCCAAACCUGCUGCUGAACGCCAGCCCACUGCAGUUGCUGCAGUCCCAAAGCCACAAGUUUCACCAGUCAUCGAUCUGCUUGGUAUGGAUAAUCCAAGUCCUGUUCCUGCGCAGCAGCCCCAACAGCCAGCACCUAUCCAAAAUGAAAACAAUGAUUUUGAUUUGUUCAUGCAGUCCACCCCAGCGAGCAGUGCUCUGCAGAGUCAGGCUGGUCCUGCCUCACAAAAUCCAAUGAACGCUUUCGGUACACCUCCCAACAUCAAUGGCGAAUCAUUAAUGCUUGAAGAUAAAACUCCAGCUCCUGCUAACACAAAAGCAUCAAUAAUGUCUUUGUACCAGUCUGGAAGUCAGCAACAGAAGCCAAUCUAUGGUGUUCCUGGAGGGUUGUACGUCACACAACAACAAGGGCCAAACACGCAAAUGAUGAGUGGUUUAGGGCAAAAACAGCCAUCGAUGCAGAUGGGUCAGCCUUCUAUGCGAAUGGCCCGGCCUUCUAUGCAAAUGGGCCAGCCUUCUAUGCAAAUGGGCCAGUCUUCCAUGCAAAUGGGCCAGCCUUCAAUGCAAAUGGGCCAGCCUUCCAUGCAAAUGGGCCAGCCUUCCAUGCAGAUGGGUCAACCUCAGAUCGGGAUGAAUCAGCAACAGAUGAUGAUGAAUAGACAGAAUUUUGGAACUGCACCGUUAAGUAUGGGCGUAGCACAACCAAAUAUGGGUAUGCAGCAGCCAAUGGGAAUGUCGCAAAAUCAAAACAUGAUGUCAAACAUGAUGAUGAUGCAAAACCAAAUGCAAAAUUUGAACAUGGGACCGAGAGCCCAAAUGUCCGGCAUGUCUGCACCACGUAAUCAAUUUAUGGCCGGAAAUUUCCAGGCAUCUCUCGGACAGUCGAUUAUGGCGAAUAGCUACGGAUCAAAUAGAAAUAUGAUGCCUGCGCAGCAACCAAUUCUAGUUAACGGCCCCGGAGCGGGGCUUUCAGGUGCUAGCAUGAAUACAUCUCCAGCAAUGGGACACACCCUAAGUAACCAGUUGUGGAAAUAAUAGUUACCGGGGUAUUUAAAAUGUUUACGGAAAUAUCAAUUACAAGAUGUUCUUUUAAAGAAAGUAUAUAGUCGAUAGAACCUUGUAGAUAAUGAUGAAUACUCAAUAACUCGUUGAUAUGAGGUCUAUAUUGUAACUCUGGCAAAACGCCAAUUAGAUUCCGAACUUGGUUUUGUAAGUUUGCUCAAUGUUCUUCGUACAAAGAGUUCCAAAGUGAUGACGUCACAAAUUUUUCAAUUUUAAACAUUGUACCUGAAUGUGCUUUACAAAAUGCCUCUAAAUCAGCCGAAUAUCUUUGCAAGUUGGCCAAGAUAUGACAACACGAGCAAUAGCUCUUGUCCUAUCAAAUCACUGUAUUUUUGUCUUAGAGGUAUUUAAAUGUAUUUUAUGCCGUUCUUUCAGAUUAUGCGGUCCGAAUUAAGAAAUUCUAAAAAUAUACUUUUGAUGACAUCACACUUUCAUACUCUAUCCCAACUUAUGAGAAUUUAUUCGCUGAAUUCCAGUCUGGAAUGUAAAUUUUGUACGAAGAGCGUUUGAAAUGAUAUCUCUAAAACACUUAAGGUGAAGUGAUGUUUGGAUCUGUGUGUGAUCAUCUUCAUCGUUCUUAUAUCUCAAUUAAAUUAUCAAUGUCGUCGUCGAUGUAAAUCAUCAUCAUUAUUAUUCUCAUCAUCAUUAUCUUCGUUACUUUCCAAUCUUUUGAUUCCUACGAUUUAAUGGAACCUUUUACUCAACUAUGCUAAAAAUUAACAGCAAACAUUACUCCCGGUCAUAACAAAGUUUAGACAUUUGUUUUCCUUUUCAAAGAUUAACAAGCCAAGAUCAAGGUAGAAACAUAUAAUCUUAAUUUUUUUGUCCUUGGUAAUUAAUUCAGAUUCGAACUUUGCAGCAAAAUUAACUUGAUCUCAAUUUGUCUUCGACGAAAUCAUGUUACUUGUAAUGUGGAAAUUAAGCGUUGCAGUAUUGAUAGGAUGAAUGUUACCCCUCCUGCCCCCCUCUCCCUCUAGGAUUCUUACGCUUUGUUUGAUGUAACGCGACUGUAAGGUCCACUGUUUUCUUGCAAAGGGAUGCUUGGCCCUUGUCAACUCCCAUAGAAUGUCGCAUUUCGAAUCUGAAAUGCUGUUGUUUUUGGCCGAAUCCGAAUCUGUAAAUUUCUUAACGUGUGGUUGUUUGCUUCAUUUCAACAAGACUACCGAUUAUGCGAAACUCCAUCCGCGCUUUUCUGCUUCCCAUCCUGGGAUUGAAGGGUCGGUGGUCACGAAUACACAACCCGCCACAUUUAUCCCUGUCUAUACCUCACUGUCACCCACCCAGCGUCUUAAUGGUUCUCCGUUAUCCUGCUUUUCUUAGAUUCAACCAUCAAGGAUAAUGGUACACAAAAGCAGGACAAUCAGUAAGGAUGUAGCCGUUCCUCGGGACAGUCUUUGUGACAUCCACCCCUGUUUGAAUUACCCAGAGCUGGCUCUCGACCCCCCCCCCCCUUGCCAUUAUCCUUAUAGAAGAUAGAAGGCAAGCGUUAAAGACUUGCUGUCAUCAGAAGAUACCCUUACGUUUCUGCAACCCUCUCUUGUAUAAGUAAAAAGUCUCUAAGGUUUUUAGCGAAAUGUGUCAAUCUAAAAUCUUUAGCAAAAUGUGUCAAUCUAAAAUCUUUAGCAAAAUGUGACAAAGAGAAAAGCAAACUAGAUUUCUAGAUAAAAACCCAUUGGUCUCGUGACUAAGAAAUCCCCUUUGACAAAUAUAGUUAGAUGUAGACAGAAACAAAGGCCUAACUUUUGUGAAGACAUUAACUAUAAGCAUGAAUUGGUUGCGAGUAAGUUUCAUACUAAGGUUGAUCGAUGUAUAAAAAUUGAAAUAUACUUCCAAUAAAAGAGCUUUUCAUUA